AUGCAGCAGAACAAAGAUACCCGCGCUGGUGCUUCGCGCCGUGCGGGGCACCAGGAGGUGCACUUCAUAUCGGCCCAUCUUCCAAUUUCUUGGGGUCUCUUAGUCAGUUGCAUAGCUAGUGCAUCCGCCUUGCCACAUGCGCAGACUUUGAUUCGACACUUUGAGGCCCAACAAGGUCGAACACACAAGGGCGGAAUUCUCAUCGCCCUGUCUGAGAACAAGCUGAAAAGCUUUGGCCACAAGUGUGAUGAUGAUGAAUGCCGGCAGAAGGAGAAAGCUGAUGGAGGUGCCAUCGAAGGCGCACAAGUUCCUAGCUUCUUCCAGUCUGGUUCGUCAGUGCAGCCCAAGGCGGUGGACGCCGGUGCCGAAGGAACCGAAGGAACUGAGGUCCUGGAAGCACCUGCGCCGACUGCGGCAACCAUGACAGAAGUCUUUCCAGAGGACUGGUGCCACUUGAUGCCCAAUUUGUUGGAGCAGGAGGGCUGGACUACCGCAUUGGCAACAGAAGAGGCAUCCCUGACACACAGCUGUUGCCCUUGGGGUGGUCACCUCAUCAGGUUUGAGCUCAAGAACAUCCACGUGCAAGAUGCCCCCGAGAAGACUGGCAACAUCAUGGUGAGACCAGAGGUACGAUCCCUGCUUCAUCAAGAGUUUCCCAUCAACGGCAUCCGUGUUGAAUCCAUGGAGGUGAAAGGCCCUGGCGAAGCCGUCGUCCAGGGCUCAAUGUCUUGGAGCGUGGUGCGUCUCUGUGGAGUGCUGUUUGGGGACAUGGGGAGCCAGGUAAUGAACUAUUUCUUCCAUGACCCAGACAGUGAGGUGUCAUGGCACCAAAAGUUGCGCCGUGACUAUCCUCGCCACGGUGACAGCGCCUGCGCGUUUUGGAUGGAAGAUGGAAGGCCGCAGGAGUGUGUCAUGCUUGUGCGGCCCCAAGCAGAGAAAGACAAGUUCACAGCCUUCGUGGUAGCCCGGGUGCCGGAGGGACGCUUUGCCAACUGGGCCAGCUCACACUUCAGUUUUGUUCUGAAAACUGCACACAGCACUGCUGAUUGGUUCUUGAACCGCCCUGGCAUCUCAGAGCUUCGCCAAGUGGACGAACGUUUCUACGUCGUGGUGUCCAUGCAAAGCUUCAAACGUGGCAUGCCGCUGCUGCCUGCCUUCGAUGAUGAACAGCCCGACACAGAGAUCGAUGCUGGAGAGCCUUAUGGCCUCAAGCGCUGGGUCCGGUACGAGACUGCUGGUACCCAAAAGUUUCAUCUUCCCGAGUAUCUGAAGAUCUUCUUGUCUCGCCUGGGCUAUGAGGUGGAAACCUAUGAUAGCUUGGACAGUGAGACGCUGGUGCCCUACCAGUGCGUGCUCAAACGAGAGGACUGGGAACUGGUGCAUGCUCGUUUCCAUGAGGCAUACCCAUUGCAAAAGACGGCCUACCGUCGAGCCAACGGUGGCUCCGGGGCUCCCGGCGUUCAUGAAGACGUGGUGCCGAAAAUUGUGUCGGCUGCGGCUGAGGUGGCCAAUUGGCAGGAACUACUGCAGGCAGCGAAGGAAGCGAAGGAACCCAAAUUGGUGGUCCGCAACACCUUCCUGGAUCUGGAGGAUCAGGAAGAGGAGCAACGGCAGAGACUUCGGCGCCGACCCAAGACCACGGCUCUCAGUCGACCGGCCGGAUUCAAGUGGCAAGGUGCCUUGAACAAAAGCGGUUGUGCCAUGGGCUCGUCUCGCAUCAGCCGAGCAGAAUUGAUCCGGACCCGUCGGAAGGGUGAAAACCCUGGCGUGAAAAUGCUCAGCUCCUCUAAGGCCAAUCAAGGAAUUUCCCAGCGGGCAGAGCAUCUCAAGAAAACUGGCGGUUCCUUGUUGCAGAUUUCUCCACGUUCCGCGGGAACACCUGCGCGCGAGGGUGGUCAGGUGCAACAGGCAGCCAGUGUCAACGAAUCAACCUCCGACGUUUCCCAAGAGGAGGUCAUGGCAGCCAUGAGGGAAGCUGUCAAGACGUUGCAGGCCAAGGAACAAAAGGAACAAAGUGACGCCGUGGACACGGUCGUCAAUGCUCUGAAGGAUGACGUGGGUGCACAGGAUCCCACCUUCAAUGCCAACAGCAGCCACGUGACGGAAGACCCCGUGCUGGCAGCCUUAGAGGAUGGCAUUGGAGCACAGGAGCCCAGUGCUGCUCCUCUCCACACUCGUGUUUCUGCUGUGACGCAGCAGGAGAACAUCAGCGAUGGCAGUGUGGUCACUGUUAAUCAUUCAUCUUUGCCGGUGCAGGCACGCGCUUUACUCCCGGCGGAAGCGAAGAGUUUCGUUGAACACGUGCUUCCGAGUGUGGUGGAUGUAGCCAGCCAAGAAGGUCGCCGCAGUUUCUGGUCCACCCGUUCGGGCGCACUGGCGGCAGCUGUUGGCUUUGUGGCGGCCACAUGGCUGGCGGUCAUUUGCAUGGCAACUGGCUUUUGGAUGGCCGUGUUCUCUGGCUGGCGCAGUGACAACAAGGGCAGUCUUCGCUCUACCAUAGAGGCACAACGGCGUUCCCGUGCCACGGAUUUGCAGAAGCUGAUGCCGUCCUCUGGGGGCUACGACUGUGCCUUCUCCAAACCAGUGAGUUCCAAGCAGCUCCUUCGCUUGGAAGUAAAAAUUGAAGGCCCAGACACUGGCCUAGCUGCAUUGAGGGCGCCCCUCACAGGCCGCCAGUGCGUGCUGCAUUCGGCUGCUGUGUCGAAGCAGUUGCAUGAUGGCAUGCCUGCUGUUCCUGUAGCUUUCUCAGCGUCCAGUGUGGACUUCAUCGUCAGCUUGCUGGAUGAGAAAGAAACACGGAUUCACAUCAAGGGCGAAGACGUGUCGCUCUUCGACACCGUGAAUGGCAAGUGCAUCGAGCGCACCACCUUUGAUUCCGCGCCCGACAGCUGGCAGGAUUUCGUUUUGACACAUCGCUCAGCAGCUCCUCAAGGACAAGAGUGGGCGGCCAGCUCAUCCCUCCGUGCUGAUGAUGCCAACCUCGAAUUUCAAGAGGCAUCGUUGCUGGUGGGCUCCACUGUGACAGUCAUUGGGGAAUUACACCGUGGAGUUGAUGGGCAGCUGUCCAUGAAGCCUUGGCAGGGUGAAGUGAAGACCAGCUGGCGAGGCAAGAAACUCCGAGAGCCUUGGCGCACCUCAUGGGAGCGCGGCUGCGAUGAGAAAGGAUCCAGGUCUUCAACACCGGAAGUCUUGAAACAGAAGGUCUUCAUCAGCGAUGAUGAGAAGCUCUUGGCCACCAAGGAACCAGAAGUAGAAGGGAAGCUGAGAGAAUGUGCUGGUGGCUUGGGUAACUUUCUGGGAUGA